CACCCCCACCGCCCACCCCCAAGGCUCCGCUGCCUCCAGAGAAGGAGAAGCCAAGGAAGGGACGCAAGGACAAGGGCAAGAAGGGUAAGACAAAGAUGCCAUCGCUGGUGAAGAAGUGGCAAAGUAUCCAGCGGGAGCUGGAUGAGGAGGAGAAUUCCAGCUCCAGUGAGGAGGACCGGGAGACCACAGCCCAGCGGCGCAUCGAGGAGUGGAAGCAGCAGCAGCUGAUGAGUGGCAUGGCCGAGAGAAACGCCAACUUCGAGGCGCUGCCAGAGGACUGGCGUUCACGGCUGAAGCGGAGGAAAACGGCCUCGAGCACAUGAGGCAUGCAGUGCCAUGCCCACCUCUUGGAUUUUUUUUGUUUUGUUUUGUUUUUUUUACAGAUGUACAGUUCCUUUGACCAUUGUCCAAUAAAUUGUAGCAGUUUGGGAA